GCGGGUCAGUCAGAAAAUAAGCUGGCUGUGAGUGGGGGGGAUAGAUAUAGUUCAUGAAGGAAUAAUUGAGACUUCAAUCUUAACCAAACAAGGAAACUAUAAAUAAAGACUCUGAGAGAGAGGAUAGUCAUGAGCAUUCAGAAGCCAAAGAUUCUCCAGUAAACAACAAAAGACGGUCUCCCCCCUCAGACAGGCCUCCUCUUGGCCCUCAUCUGACUCACCACCACAGCAUCUCGACAGAUGAACAAGACAGUCCAGAGAGAAUUAUUCAGAAGGAAAAGCUUCAUGCUGAAUUGAAACGAGUUUUGAGUGAGAAAAGAAGCCAUCUGAGAGAAACCCACUCUACCCUCACUGACAUGGAUGAAAACUCCAAGAAAGACAGCAAGAAUGAGGUGGAGAAGGAUAGGCAUUUGUCAGAGUUUGUGGACGUGGUUGUUGAAACACAACCUGAGGUUGGAGCAAGUGGAUACAGUGUGGUUGGUGGAGGGGAGCAAGGCAUCUUCAUCAAAGAGGUCCUGAAAGACUCUCCAGCAGCCAAGCACCUCAGCCUACAAAAAGGUGAUCAACUGCUAAGUGCCAAGGUUUAUUUUGAUAAUGUGAAAUAUGAGGACGCCUUAAAAAUUCUCCAGUGUGCAGAACCCUACAAAGUGUCAUUUCUUCUAAAGAGAACUGUGCCAGGAGGUGACAUCAGCAUACACCCAGUCGCACAAAAUUUGGAGCUCAGAGGUCCAAAGGUCAAGAUGCAAAGAAUGAAUGUCAAAAGUGUGAAACCUUUCAAAACCAAGAGAAAGAGAGGAGGACGAUUUGGAUUAAAAAGACUGAAAGAGAACAAAAACGCAAAAGCAGAGUUGGACAUUGAAGGUUCACCUGGCAGAUCAGACCUUGGUCCUGUUGAUGUUGAGUUUGCUUUCCCAAAGAUCAAGAUGAGAAAAGGUGUGAAAGGAACUGCAGAUGGUUCAGGGCAGCUGGAGGGUUUGACCGCUAGUACUAGGAACAAGAAGAAUAUCAGAUUUCCAAAGAUGAAAGUAAAGGAUGCUUCUGUAGGUGAAGGGAAAGUCAAUAUAGAUGUUUCAGCAUAUGAGGGUUGUGCAGAGAGCUAUGGAGCAAAGCUGAAAGACAAGGGAAAAGGUCCAAAAUUAGGAAUGAAUUUACCCAAAAUUAAAAAGUCAAAAUUAGAUGUUCAGUCUUCAAAUGGCAACUUUGAGGUAAAAGAACCAAAGGCCCAAAUAAAGCUUCCAUCAACAGAGUCGGAUCUUAGUGUUUGUCAGGGCAAAGUUGAAGCCAAGAUCCCUAAUCUUGAAAUCAGUUUUAAGGGAAAGUUACAGGGUCCUGAGACGAAAAUACCUGAAAAGUUAGAUGUAUCUGAUGCAAAGGUGGCAGUGUCAAAAAUCAAACUGCCAAAGGUAAGGCUGUCUUGUCAUUCCGAUGAAAUUGAUGGAGAUGCAAGUAUCAAAAUGGAUACAACUGAACAUAAAUCAAAAAUGCCUGUACUUGACAUCAAAGCAGCGGAUCUGGAUUUGGACCUGCAUCCCCUAAAAAUGAAGGGUUCAACUGAAUUAAAAGAUUUUACAAUUCCUGAUCCAACUGUGAAAGUAACAAAAAUAAGCACAGCCAAAGUUGAAACAUCAGUAACAAAGCUAAACUUUGGAGAUGAUGUGGAUGGAUACAUGGUCAAAGACCCUAAAAUUGCUUUCCCCAAACUUGAUAUUGAAGUCCCCAAGACAGAAACAUCAGAUGUAAACAUUAGUCUUCCUAAAUUAGAUGUUUCAUUACCAAAGGUGACUUCAAAAAACAUUGAUACUGAGGGACAUGCAAGUACAGGAGUAAAAUUGGAAAUGCCAAAACUGGACAUCUCCUUUCCAAAAACAACAUCCCCUGAGGGUAAAAUUGUAGUUGAUGUAUCUAAAAAAGAUGGACUAAAAGGUAAAGCAGAAGGAAAGGGAGAAGUGAAAAUUCCUUCUGGCAAAGGAGCAGAGUUUCAAAUGCCUCAAAUUUCCCUUCCUGAAAUGAAAUUUCCAGAGGGUGAAAUUGUUAUAAAGGGACCUAAGGUCAAAGGUGGAAUAGAGAUUGACAAAGCACUCGAAACUACUGUUGAAAUAUCAUUACCAAAAGAAAAAGGCACAAGCGAGGUUGAUGUCAACAAACAUUUAGAAAAAACAGGAGAAUUUGAUAUCCCAAAACUGGAUAUGCAUGUGCCAAAUAUUGAAUCAACCAAAAGAGAAAUCCAUAUAGAAGCCAAAACAAGAAGGAAGUUUCAAAUACCCCAAGUAGACCUUUCACUUCCAAGGAUUAAAGCAAAAAAGGUGGAAAUCAAUGUUGAAGGACCUGAUAUCAAAAGUGGAAAGAUUUGCAUGCCCUCUAGAGAUAUAUCUCUACCAGGAGGAGGAGCGGGAGCAGAUGUAGAUGUUAAAGGAAAAGGCGGAAAAUUUGAAAUGACUAAAUUAGACGUUUCUUUGCCAGAAAUAAAAUCUCCAGAUGCUGAAAUCAACGUUGAAGGUCCUGAUAUCAAAGGUGGAAAGUUUCACAUGCCCUCUUUAGAUAUCUCACUACCAAAAGGAGGAGCAGAUGUAGAUGUUAAAGGAGAAAAAUUUGAAAUGCCUAAGAUAGAUGUUUCCUUGCCAAAUAUAAAAUCUCCAAGUGGUGAAAUCAAUGUUGAAGGUCCUGAUAUCAAAGGUGGAAAGUUUCACAUGCCUUCAUUAGAUAUCUCACUACCAAAAGGAGGAGCAGGAGCAGAUGUAGAUGUUAAAGGAAAAGGCGGAAAAUUUGAAAUGCCUAAAUUAGACGUUUCUUUGCCAGAAAUAAAAUCUCCAGAUGCUGAAAUCAACGUUAAAGGUCCUGAUAUCAAAAGUGGAAAGUUUCACAUGCCUUCAUUAGAUAUCUCACUACCAAAAGGAGGAGCAGGAGCAGAUGUAGAUGUUAAAGGAAAAGGAGGAAAAUUUGAAAUGCCUAAGAUAGAUGUUUCCUUGCCAAAUAUAAAAUCUCCAAGUGGUGAAAUCAAUGUUGAAGGUCCUGAUAUCAAAGGUGGAAAGUUUCACAUGCCUUCAUUAGAUAUCUCACUACCAAAAGGAGGAGCAGGAGCAGAUGUAGAUGUUAAAGGAAAAGGAGGGAAAUUUGAAAUGCCUAAGAUAGACGUUUCCGUGCCAAAACUAAAAUCUCCGGAUGCUGAAAUCAACGUUGAAGGUCCUGAUAUUAAAGGUGGAAAGUUUCACAUGCCUUCAGUAGAUAUCUCACUACCAAAAGGAGGAGCAGGAGCAGAUGUAGAUGUUAAAGGAGGAAAAUUUGAAAUGCCUAAGAUAGACGUUUCCUUGCCAAAACUAAAAUCUCCGGAUGCUGAAAUCAACGUUGAGGGUCCUGAUAUCAAAGGUGGAAAGUUUCACAUGCCUUCAUUAGAUAUCUCACUACCAAAAGGAGGAGCAGGAGCAGAUGUAGAUGUUAAAGGAAAAGGAGGUAAAUUUGAAAUGCCUAAGAUAGAUGUUUCCUUGCCAAAACUAAAAUCUCCAGAUGCUGAAAUCAACGUUGAAGGUCCUGAUAUCAAAGGUGGAAAGUUUCACAUGCCUUCAUUAGAUAUCUCACUACCAAAAGGAGGAGCAGGAGCAGAUGUAGAUGUUAAAGGAAAAGGAGGAAAAUUUGAAAUGCCUAGGAUAGAUGUUUCCUUGCCAAAACUAAAAUCUCCGGAUGCUGAAAUCAACGUUGAAGGUCCUGAUAUCAAAGGUGGAAAGUUUCACAUGCCUUCAUUAGAUAUCUCACUACCAAAAGGAGGAGCAGGAGCAUAUGUAGAUGUUAAAGGAAAAGGAGGUAAAUUUGAAAUGCCUAAGAUAGAUGUUUCCUUGCCAAAACUAAAAUCUCCAGAUGCUGAAAUCAACGUUGAAGGUCCUGAUAUCAAAGGUGGAAAGUUUCACAUGCCUUCAUUAGAUAUCUCACUACCAAAAGGAGGAGCAGGAGCAGAUGUAGAUGUUAAAGGAAAAGGAGGAAAAUUUGAAAUGCCUAGGAUAGAUGUUUCCUUGCCAAAACUAAAAUCUCCGGAUGCUGAAAUCAACGUUGAAGGUCCUGAUAUCAAAGGUGGAAAGUUUCACAUGCCCUCUUUAGAUAUCUCACUACCAAAAGGAGGAGCAGGAGCAGAUGUAGAUGUUAAAGGAAAAGGAGGAAAAUUUGAAAUGCCUAGGAUAGAUGUUUCCUUGCCAAAACUAAAAUCUCCGGAUGCUGAAAUCAACGUUGAAGGUCCUGAUAUCAAAGGUGGAAAGUUUCACAUGCCUUCAUUAGAUAUCUCACUACCAAAAGGAGGAGCAGGAGCAGAUGUAGAUGUUAAAGGAAAAGGAGGAAAAUUUGAAAUGCCUAGGAUAGAUGUUUCCUUGCCAAAACUAAAAUCUCCGGAUGCUGAAAUCAACGUUGAAGGUCCUGAUAUCAAAGGUGGAAAGUUUCACAUGCCCUCUUUAGAUAUCUCACUACCAAAAGGAGGAGCAGGAGCAGAUGUAGAUGUUAAAGGAAAAGGAGGAAAAUUUGAAAUGCCUAGGAUAGAUGUUUCCUUGCCAAAACUAAAAUCUCCGGAUGCUGAAAUCAACGUUGAAGGUCCUGAUAUCAAAGGUGGAAAGUUUCACAUGCCUUCAUUAGAUAUCUCACUACCAAAAGGAGGAGCAGGAGCAGAUGUAGAUGUUAAAGGAAAAGGAGGAAAAUUUGAAAUGCCUAGGAUAGAUGUUUCCUUGCCAAAACUAAAAUCUCCGGAUGCUGAAAUCAACGUUGAAGGUCCUGAUAUCAAAGGUGGAAAGUUUCACAUGCCCUCUUUAGAUAUCUCACUACCAAAAGGAGGAGCAGGAGCAGAUGUAGAUGUUAAAGGAAAAGGAGGAAAAUUUGAAAUGCCUAAGAUAGAUGUUUCCUUGCCAAAACUGAAAUCUCCAAGUGGUGAAAUCAAUGUUGAAGGUCCUGAUAUCAAAGGUGGAAAGUUUCACAUGCCUUCAUUAGAUAUCUCACUACCAAAAGGAGGAGCAGGAGCAGAUGUAGAUGUUAAAGGAGGGAAAUUUGAAAUGCCUAAGACAGAUGUUUCCUUGCCAAAACUGAAAUCUCCAAGUGGUGAAAUCAAUGUUGAAGGUCCUGAUAUCAAAGGUGGAAAGUUUCACAUGCCUUCAUUAGAUAUCUCACUACCAAAAGGAGGAGCAGGAGCAGAUGUAGAUGUUAAAGGAGGGAAAUUUGAAAUGCCUAAGAUAGAUGUUUCCUUGCCAAAACUGAAAUCUCCAAGUGGUGAAAUCAACGUUGAAGGUCCUGAUAUCAAAGGUGGAAAGUUUCACAUGCCCUCUUUAGAUAUCUCACUACCAAAAGAAGGAGCAGGAGCAGAUGUAGAUGUUAAAGGAAAAGGAGGAAAAUUUGAAAUGCCUAAGAUAGAUGUUUCUUUGCCAAAACUGAAAUCUCCAAGUGGUGAAAUCAACGUUGAAGGUCCUGAUAUCAAAGGUGGAAAGUUUCACAUGCCUUCAUUAGAUAUCUCACAACCAAAAGGAGGAGCAGGAGCAGAUGUAGAUGUUAAAGGAAAAGGAGGAAAAUUUGAAAUGCCUAAGAUAGAUGUUUCUUUGCCAAAACUGAAAUCUCCAAGUGGUGAAAUCAAUGUUGAAGGUCCUGAUAUCAAAGGUGGAAAGUUUCACAUGCCUUCAUUAGAUAUCUCACUACCAAAAGGAGGAGCAGGAGCAGAUGUUAAAGGAAAAGGAGGACAAUUUGAAAUGCCUAAGAUAGAUGUUUCCUUGCCAAAACUAAAAUCUCCGGAUGCUGAAAUCAACGUUGAAGGUCCUGAUAUCAAAGUUGGAAAGUUUCACAUGCCUUCAUUAGAUAUCUCACUACCAAAAGGAGGAGCAGGAGCAGAUGUAGAUGUUAAAGGAAAAGGAGGAAAAUUUGAAAUGCCUAAGAUAGAUGUUUCCUUGCCAAAACUGAAAUCUCCAGGAGCGGAAAUCAACGUUGAAGGUCCUGAUAUCAAAGGUGGAAAGUUUCACAUGCCUUCAUUAGAUAUCUCACUACCAAAAGGAGGAGCAGGAGCAGAUAUAGAUGUUAAAGGAAAAGGAGGAAAAUUUGAAAUGCCUAAGAUAGAUGUUUCCUCGCCAAAACUGAAAUCUCCAGGUGCGGAAAUCAACAUUGAAGGUCCUGAUAUCAAAGGUGGAAAGUUUCACAUGCCUUCAUUAGAUAUCUCACUACCACAAGGAGGAGCAGGAGCAGAUGUAGAUGUUAAAGGAGGGAAAUUUGAAAUGCCUAAGAUAGAUGUUUCCUUGCCAAAACUGAAAUCUCCAAGUGGUGAAAUCAAUGUUGAAGGUCCUGAUAUCAAAGGUGGAAAGUUUCACAUGCCCUCUUUAGAUAUCUCACUACCAAAAGGAGGAGCAGGAGCAGAUGUAGAUGUUAAAGGAAAAGGAGGAAAAUUUGAAAUGCGUAAGAUAGAUGUUUCCUUGCCAAAACUAAAAUCUCCAGAUGCUGAAAUCAACGUUGAAGGUCCUGAUAUCAAAGGUGGAAAGUUUCACAUGCCUUCAUUAGAUAUCUCACUACCAAAAGGAGGAGCAGGAGCAGAUGUAGAUGUUAAAGGCAAAGGAGGAAAAUUUGAAAUGCCUAAGAUAGAUGUUUCCUUGCCAAAACUGAAAUCUCCAGGUGCGGAAAUCAACGUUGAAGGUCCUGAUAUCAAAGGUGGAAAGUUUCACAUGCCUUCAUUAGAUAUCUCACUACCAAAAGGAGGAGCAGGAGCAGAUAUAGAUGUUAAAGGAAAAGGAGGAAAAUUUGAAAUGCCUAAGAUAGAUGUUUCCUUGCCAAAACUGAAAUCUCCAGGUGCGGAAAUCAACAUUGAAGGUCCUGAUAUCAAAGGUGGAAAGUUUCACAUGCCUUCAUUAGAUAUCUCACUACCAAAAGGAGGAGCAGGAGCAGAUAUAGAUGUUAAAGGAAAAGGAGGAAAAUUUGAAAUGCCUAAGAUAGAUGUUUCCUUGCCAAAACUGAAAUCUCCAGGUGCGGAAAUCAACAUUGAAGGUCCUGAUAUCAAAGGUGGAAAGUUUCACAUGCCUUCAUUAGAUAUCUCACUACCACAAGGAGGAGCAGGAGCAGAUGUAGAUGUUAAAGGAGGGAAAUUUGAAAUGCCUAAGAUAGAUGUUUCCUUGCCAAAACUGAAAUCUCCAAGUGGUGAAAUCAAUGUUGAAGGUCCUGAUAUCAAAGGUGGAAAGUUUCACAUGCCCUCUUUAGAUAUCUCACUACCAAAAGGAGGAGCAGGAGCAGAUGUAGAUGUUAAAGGAAAAGGAGGAAAAUUUGAAAUGCGUAAGAUAGAUGUUUCCUUGCCAAAACUAAAAUCUCCAGAUGCUGAAAUCAACGUUGAAGGUCCUGAUAUCAAAGGUGGAAAGUUUCACAUGCCUUCAUUAGAUAUCUCACUACCAAAAGGAGGAGCAGGAGCAGAUGUAGAUGUUAAAGGCAAAGGAGGAAAAUUUGAAAUGCCUAAGAUAGAUGUUUCCUUGCCAAAACUGAAAUCUCCAGGUGCGGAAAUCAACGUUGAAGGUCCUGAUAUCAAAGGUGGAAAGUUUCACAUGCCUUCAUUAGAUAUCUCACUACCAAAAGGAGGAGCAGAUGUAGAUGUUAAAGGAAAAGGAGGAAAAUUUGAAAUGCCUAAGAUAGAUGUUUCCUUGCCAAAACUGAAAUCUCCAGGUGCGGAAAUCAACGUUGAAGGUCCUGAUAUCAAAGGUGGAAAGUUUCACAUGCCUUCAUUAGAUAUCUCACUACCAAAAGGAGGAGCAGGAGCAGAUGUAGAUGUUAAAGGAAAAGGAGGAAAAUUUGAAAUGCCCAAGAUAGAUGUUUCCUUGCCAAAACUGAAAUCUCCAGAUGCUGAAAUCAACGUUGAAGGUCCUGAUAUCAAAGGUGGAAAGUUUCACAUGCCUUCAUUAGAUAUCUCACUACCAAAAGGAGGAGCAGGAGCAGAUGUAGAUGUUAAAGGAAAAGGAGGAAAAUUUGAAAUGCCUAAGAUAGAUGUUUCCUUGCCAAAACUGAAGUCUCCAGGUGCGGAAAUCAACGUUGAAGGUCCUGAUAUAAAAGGUGGAAAGUUUCACAUGCCUUCAUUAGAUAUCUCACUACCAAAAGGAGGAGCAGGAGCAGAUGUAGAUGUUAAAGGAAAAGGAGGAAAAUUUGAAAUGCCUAAGAUAGAUGUUUCCUUGCCAAAACUAAAAUCUCCAGAUGCUGAAAUCAACGUUGAAGGUCCUGAUAUCAAAGGUGGAAAGUUUCACAUGCCUUCAUUAGAUAUCUCACUACCAAAAGGAGGAGCAGGAGCAGAUGUAGAUGUUAAAGGAAAAGGUGGAAAAUUUGAAAUGCCUAAGAUAGAUGUUUCCUUGCCAAAACUGAAAUCUUCAAGUGGUGAAAUCAACGUUGAAGGUCCUGAUAUCAAAGGUGGAAAGUUUCACAUGCCUUCAUUAGAUAUCUCACUACCAAAAGGAGGAGCAGGAGCAGAUGUAGAUGUUAAAGGAAAAGGAGGAAAAUUUGAAAUGCCUAAGAUAGGUGUUUCUUUGCCAAAACUGAAAUCUCCAGGUGCGGAAAUCAACGUUGAAGGUCCUGAUAUAAAAGGUGGAAAGUUUCACAUGCCUUCAUUAGAUAUCUCACUACCAAAAGGAGGAGCAGGAGCAGAUGUAGAUGUUAAAGGCAAAGGAGGAAAAUUUGAAAUGCCUAAGAUAGAUGUUUCCUUGCCAAAACUGAAAUCUCCAGGUGCGGAAAUCAACGUUGAAGGUCCUGAUAUCAAAGGUGGAAAGUUUCACAUGCCUUCAUUAGAUAUCUCACUACCAAAAGGAGGAGCAGGAGCAGAUGUAGAUGUUAAAGGAAAAGGAGGAAAAUUUGAAAUGCCUAAGAUAGAUGUUUCCUUGCCAAAACUGAAAUCUCCAGGUGCUGAAAUCAACGCUGAAGGUCCUGAUAUAAAAGGUGGAAAGUUUCACAUGCCUUCAUUAGAUAUCUCACUACCAAAAGGAGGAGCAGGAGCAGAUGUAGAUGUUAAAGGAAAAGGAGGAAAAUUUGAAAUGCCUAAGAUAGAUGUUUCCUUGCCAAAACUAAAAUCUCCGGAUGCUGAAAUCAACGUUGAAGGUCCUGAUAUCAAAGGUGUAAAGUUUCACAUGCCUUCAUUAGAUAUCUCACUACCAAAAGGAAGAGCAGGAGCAGAUGUAGAUGUUAAAGGAAAAGGAGGAAAAUUUGAAAUGCCUAAGAUAGAUGUUUCCUUGCCAAAACUAAAAUCUCCGGAUGCUGAAAUCAACGUUGAAGGUCCUGAUAUCAAAGGUGGAAAGUUUCACAUGCCUUCAUUAGAUAUCUCACUACCAAAAGGAGGAGCAGAUGUAGAUGUUAAAGGAAAAGGAGGAAAAUUUGAAAUGCCUAAAAUAGAUGUUUCCUUGCCAAAACUAAAAUCUCCGGAUGCUGAAAUCAACGUUGAAGGUCCUGAUAUCAAAGGUGGAAAGUUUCACAUGCCUUCAUUAGAUAUCUCACUACCAAAAGGAGGAGCAGGAGCAGAUGUAGAUGUUAAAGGAAAAGGAGGAAAAUUUGAAAUGCCUAAGAUAGAUGUUUCUUUGCCAAAACUGAAAUCUCCAGGUGCGGAAAUCAACGUUGAAGGUCCUGAUAUUAAAGGUGGAAAGUUUCACAUGCCUUCAUUAGAUAUCUCACUACCAAAAGGAGGAGCAGGAGCAGAUGUAGAUGUUAAAGGCAAAGGAGGAAAAUUUGAAAUGCCUAAGAUAGAUGUUUCCUUGCCAAAACUGAAAUCUCCAGGUGCGGAAAUCAAUGUUGAAGGUCCUGAUAUUAAAGGUGGAAAGUUUCACAUGCCUUCAUUAGAUAUCUCACUACCAAAAGGAGGAGCAGGAGCAGAUGUAGAUGUUAAAGGAAAAGGAGGAAAAUUUGAAAUGCCUAAGAUAGAUGUUUCCUUGCCAAAUAUAAAAUCUCCAGGUGCGGAAAUCAACGUUGAAGGUCCUGAUAUCAAAGGUGGAAAGUUUCACAUGCCCUCUUUAGAUAUCUCACUACCAAAAGGAGGAGUAGGAGCAGAUGUAGAUGUUAAAGGAAAAGGAGGAAAAUUUGAAAUGCCUAAGAUAGAUGUUUCCUUGCCAAAACUAAAAUCUCCGGAUGCUGAAAUCAACGUUGAAGGUCCUGAUAUAAAAGGUGGAAAGUUUCACAUGCCUUCAUUAGAUAUCUCACUACCAAAAGGAGGAGCAGGAGCAGAUGUAGAUGUUAAAGGAAAAGGAGGAAAAUUUGAAAUGCCUAAGAUAGAUGUUUCCUUGCCAAAACUGAAAUCUCCAGGUGCGGAAAUCAACGUUGAAGGUCCUGAUAUUAAAGGUGGAAAGUUUCACAUGCCUUCAUUAGAUAUCUCACUACCAAAAGGAGGAGCAGGAGCAGAUGUAGAUGUUAAAGGAAAAGGAGGAAAAUUUGAAAUGCCUAAGAUAGAUGUUUCCUUGCCAAAUAUAAAAUCUCCAGGUGCGGAAAUCAACGUUGAAGGUCCUGAUAUCAAAGGUGGAAAGUUUCACAUGCCUUCAUUAGAUAUCUCACUACCAAAAGGAGGAGCAGGAGCAGAUGUAGAUGUUAAAGGAAAAGGAGGAAAAUUUGAAAUGCCUAAAUUAGAUGUUUCCUUGCCAACUGUUGACAUUUCUGCUCCUAAAGUUGAUCUAGAUUUUAAUCUUCCAAAGGGAAAAGGCAAUGAUAGAGAAAAUAUUGAACUUCUUAAAGCAGAGGGUGGAAGGCCAUCCUCUGGGGCAAGUUUUGAUAUUCCAGAUGUCUAUGUAAAAAUGCCCAAACUGCUCCCUAAAUUUGGCAAAAAAAUGAAUAGCGGAGACAGUGGAUCUGCAAAUUUAGACAUGGAAAGAAAACUGCCAUCAGUUGAUGUAGAUGGAAAAAUGAAAAAGACCAAAACCAAAAUUCCAGAAAUGGACAUGUCCUUGGAUAUACGAAAUAAAGGAAAGGUCAAAAUGCCAACAGUUGAGAUAUCACUGCCAGCAACAAAAAUUCCAGAAUGUGAGGUAUUGCUUCCAAAAGGUGAGGUUGAUGUAUCUGAAGCAGAUAUCAAAAGCUAUGAAGGCAGCCUAAAAAUCCCUAAGAUGCCAACUGUUGAUAUAUCAGUCCCAAAAGUUAAUUUAGACGUGUCCUUGCCUAAAGGUAAACUUGAUGAGUCAAUGGAUUCAACCUCAUCCGAUUUACAUAUUGAAAGUAGUAGGGGUACAGUAAAUUUUCCUCAUAUAAAAAUCCCUAAAGUAGACAUUUCAAUUCCACAUGGAAAAACGGGGUGCACAGAUAAUCUCGAGGUGGAGGGUAAAGGUGGCAAGAUGAAGGUACCAGUACCCAAAGUGGAAAUGCAAUUCUCACAUAAAAAAACAGAAGACAUUAAGACUCCUGAAAUAGAUGCAAACUUUCCCAAAUCAAAAACCACUGACACAGAGAUAUCCACUCCAAAGAAAAUGACAUCGCCAAAGAUUCCAGAUAUUGACUUUGACAUUGAGACUGGUCAAGUUGACCCUAACAAUGAAGAUGUUAAAAGACAGGCUGCUAAAGUCAAAAUUGAAAAGUUUGGGAUACCUCUCCCUUCUUUAAGUUCACCUGAAGCCAAUCUUACAUCAUCUCAGGUUAAAGGCCAUUCUGUACCAGUGGACUAUGAGGUCGAGUAUGAGAGCCCUACUAUGCCAAAAGUGAGAAAAGCUGUAUUUGUUAUGGUGACUCCAGAAACGCAGAGAGCUGCUGUUGCAGGUACUGAAGCAAGUACAGAUCUUAAAUAUGAAGGGGUGAAGUUAACAAAGUUUAAAAUGAAGUCAAGUUUUAGCAAGUCUCAAUCAAAUGAAAAGGGGAAAUCAAUAAGUGGUGGUGAAGAGGAGGUAGAAACACAAAAGAAGACAAAGACUAGUAUGCUGAAGUUGCCCAAAGUCACAUUAUCACCUGGAAAGACUGGAUCCUUCGAGGUAACACCAACUGGGUCUGAUGAUAGAACAAGCCAACCCCUAAAUGGUCACAAAGAUGACAAUACAAAGCUUGUAAAGCUUAAAUUUCCCAAAGUGGAGUUUUUCUCACCAUACACAGGGGAGAAAGAAAAGACGGAAACAGCUACAAAACUGAGUAAAGAGACCUCGGGGGAUGGCAAAGAGAGCAAAUCUGGCAAAAUGUUGUUCCCGGGUGUCAAGAAGAAAACAGGAAAGGAUGAAGAUGAGCUGAGGGAGGGUGGUGGUGGUUUAGUAUACUCAAAAGCAAGGACUGAAAUGCUAGAAGAGCAUGAGACAUGUGAAGAGAGAGAAGAAACAACAUGGUUUAAAGUACCUAAAGUCACCCUUAGCCCUCAUUCAACUGGCUUGCUUCACGUCACUCCGAAUGAGUCGCCAAAGGGAAGCAAGACCUCAUUGUCAUGCUCUGGUGAAGAAGCCAUUGGAGGUUUCUAUGUAAAAAUGCCAAGUGUAGAGUUUUCAACACAUGAAAUGUCCUCAGAGCAACUGGUUACUGAAACAAAGGAGAAAAACGUAACUGUAAUGACUAAGACGACAACAUAUACAGAGACGAAAAGUAGCACCACAAAAUUGUAGGUAUCUUAUCAAAUGGAAUAUAGAAGAAUAAUAUAUUUUUAUAUGUGACUAUAUUCUACAGUAAUGUUGUUUUUAUUCAUUUUAAAGCAAAACUAUUUUCUCAAGCUUUAGAAGGAACAACACUAUAUAUGCAUAAUGAAAAUGUUGCUACCAAAGAAUAUUAUUUCUCAUUUUCAUGUUUUGUAACUUGCUGCCCUGUAGGACGCUUUAAAUAUAUUUGUAAAGAUUACAUUUACAGAUGUAAUGUAAAUGUAAUAUUUGUAAAGAUAUUUCUUACUUAUCCACACACACACACAAAUAUAUAUAUAUACACAUCUAUAAAGAUCUAUUACACCAUUUUCUUGCUGCUUGGGUUGUUUGUUUAAAUGACAUUUAAAAAUAGAUAUUUAUAAGAUUGUUAUUGUUUAUUUUAGAUACUACUAUUUUCCCCAUAUUUAUACGCAUGACCUGUACAGAUUAUUAGACUCUGUGAUGCUGAGAUUGUAUUGACUUUCGAGAUAUAUUCGAGUUUAUUUCCUUAUCCAUAAUGUUUUCCAAUAAUGUGAUAACCUUUACAAAAUGUCUCUGUUCAGGGGGAGGGUGCAGAAUUUUUACAUCGCAAACAUUGGGUGUGUAAUAUUUUUCUUGUUGGUAAUGGAAGAAGUGUUAAAUGCCUGCAGUAUUAUUGUAUUCGUAUAAUUAAUUAGAUUUAGUACUGAAUUGCAUGUUUGUAAUGUUUGUGUUGUUUGUGUUAUAAAACACAAUUUGCGAAAGCAACAAUAAAAUAUUCAAAUAAAAUAAUAAAAUUCUUA